UGCGUGCUCGCUCACGGCGGCGGCGGCGGAGCGGAGAGGCCAGAGCCGGAGACCGAGCUGGGAUCGGGCCCCGGGCGGGGGCGGUGCGAGCGGCGCCAAGCAGAUCUUAGGGGCGGGGACGGAGCCGGGGCGGGAGGGACUGAAGCGGAGCCCGGGAACGGGGCGGGAGGUCCCAGGGUCCCGGGUUGGGGGUGUGGAGCAGCACUUCGUCGCCGCGGGGGUGCCGGGACUCCGGCCGCAGUGCCGCCGCCAUCACGGACUUCCUGUGGGACAAGCGCACGGGCCUCGCCGCCAGAACGAUGCCUCAUCCUCGAAGGUACCAUUCCUCAGAGCGAGGCAGCCGGGGGAGUUACCGUGAACACUAUCGAAGCCGAAAGCAUAAGCGACGAAGAAGUCGCUCCUGGUCAAGUAGUAGUGACCGGACUCGACGGCGCCGGCGAGAGGACAGCUACCAUGUCCGUUCUCGAAGCAGUUAUGAUGAUCGUUCAUCUGACCGGAGGGUGUAUGACCGGCGAUACUGUGGCAGCUACAGACGCAACGAUUAUAGCCGGGAUCGGGGAGAUGCCUACUAUGACACAGACUAUCGGCAUUCCUAUGAAUAUCAGCGGGAGAACAGCAGUUACCGCAGCCAGCGCAGCAGCCGGAGGAAGCACAGACGGCGGAGGAGACGCAGCCGGACAUUUAGCCGCUCAUCUUCGGUGAGUGCCAGCCCAGGCCCUUCCUCUCCCCACUCUUCUGCAGGCCCUCUAGGACUCUGGUAAGUGAGAAGUAUCCUUGUUCUCAGCUGAACAUUGGGGCAUGAACACUGAGGUGGGCACUGAGUUUGCCUACCCUCUUAGGAGCUCUCCGACUCUUGAAGGGCCCUGGAAUCUGCUUUGGAGAUGGAUGGGCACGGAGCAUUUGUGACCCCCAGUGCUCUCCCUGGCAUGUUGGGCUUAUUGUGUUGGGAGCAGCUUCUCCGCCCCAGCGGCCUCCACUCUUUAAUGGGGACCUUGCUUGUGAACUGCCUUUUUCCCCCAAGCCCUGGGCUCUGUAGCCCCCUUGGCAGGCGGGCUUGGGUGGGGGCAAGGGGAGAUCUGUGUCUGCCCAGAAGGGCAUUGUGUAGAGCAUGGGGUUGUGGGUGACAUUGGCAACAACACCACUUCCCUGCUCUGCCCACGCCUCUCCCUGUUCCUGUUUUGGGUUUGGGGACUUGGGAUUAUGCGCCGCUCUCUCUUCUCACACCGAUCCACCUUACUGCAUCUGACGUGUUCCCUUCCACUGUCCCCCAUCAUCGUCUGUCCCCCCUGGCUGGGCGCCUGUGACCGGUGACCCCUCUACCACCCACCCCGCCUCCCUCCGGCCCCCGCUCCGACACCUGGCUUGCUCCGACCCCCCCUGCCCCCCGACAGCAGCACAGCAGCCGGAGAGCCAAGAGUGUAGAGGACGACGCUGAGGGCCACCUCAUCUACCACGUCGGGGACUGGCUACAAGAGCGAUGUACAAGCCAAAUCGUAACAAUCCUAUAGCCUGUAAUGGUCCCAUAGCCAUCCUAACGUCCCAAGCCAACCUGAGUCACAGCCUCUUGCCUUUUCUCAGUGGUGUUGUUUAUCUGGGUGGUUUGAGUUGCUGUUGAGAAUUGACCUCUGUUGUCCACUCCCAGCUCUCACGGCCCCUGGGUUAAAGGUGGUGGGAAUCACGCAGGGGUUUUCUUCCCCUGUGACCAUCUGUAUCUGUUCCCCUUCCUUCAUCUCCACCCCAGGUUGCUGUCCCCAUUUUUCUUCCAACUCAGCUCAUUCCCCACCUUCUCUCCCUCCCUCUCCCCGACCCUGCUCUCUUUCAUUUCAGAUGAAAUCGUUAGCACCUUAGGAGAGGGGACCUUCGGCCGAGUUGUACAAUGUGUUGACCAUCGCAGCCUCUCCUGCCAACUUACAGGGGUGGGGCUCGAGUUGCCCUGAAGAUCAUUAAGAAUGUGGAGAAGUACAAGGAAGCAGCUCGACUUGAGAUCAAUGUGCUGGAGAAAAUAAACGAGAAAGACCCUGACAACAAGAACCUCUGUGUCCAGAUGUUUGACUGGUUUGACUACCAUGGCCACAUGUGUAUCUCCUUUGAGCUUCUGGGCCUUAGCACCUUCGAUUUCCUCAAAGACAACAACUACCUGCCCUACCCCAUCCACCAAGUGCGCCACAUGGCCUUCCAGCUGUGCCAGGCUGUCAAGUUCCUCCAUGAUAACAAGCUGACACAUACAGACCUCAAGCCUGAAAAUAUUCUGUUUGUGAAUUCAGACUAUGAGCUCACCUACAACCUAGAGAAGAAGCGAGAUGAGCGCAGUGUGAAGAGCACAGCUGUGCGGGUGGUAGACUUUGGCAGUGCCACCUUUGACCAUGAGCACCAUAGCACCAUUGUCUCCACUCGCCAUUACCGAGCACCAGAGGUCAUCCUUGAGUUGGGCUGGUCACAGCCUUGUGAUGUAUGGAGUAUAGGCUGCAUCAUCUUUGAGUACUAUGUGGGAUUCACCCUCUUCCAGACCCAUGACAACAGAGAGCAUCUAGCCAUGAUGGAAAGGAUAUUGGGUCCUAUCCCUUCCCGGAUGAUCCGAAAGACAAGAAAGCAGAAAUAUUUUUACCGGGGUCGCCUGGAUUGGGAUGAGAACACAUCAGCUGGGCGCUAUGUUCGUGAGAACUGCAAACCGCUGCGGCGGUAUCUGACCUCAGAGGCAGAGGAACACCACCAGCUCUUCGAUCUGAUUGAAAGCAUGCUAGAGUAUGAACCAGCUAAGCGGCUGACCUUGGGUGAAGCCCUUCAGCAUCCUUUCUUCACCCGCCUUCGGGCUGAGCCACCCAACAAGUUGUGGGACUCCAGUCGGGAUAUCAGUCGGUGACGAUCAGGCCCUGGGCCCCCCUGCAUCUUUUAUAGCAGUGGGUGUCCAGUCCAGGACACUGGUGCUUUUUUAUACAAGAGAAUGAGCCAGAGUUCACUCCUUCCUCCUUGGCUGGCUGUAUACCUGUGAAUAUGUGAAAUAGUGUAAAUAUGAAAGAACUUGUACCUAUCACUUCAACCCCUGCCUUGUACAUAAUGCUCUUCCAUCCACACAGUUUCCACCCUCACCUGCCCCCUCAUACGGAGUUGGAUGGGGACCGAGUGAGGUAACCAGGUGGCAUCUACCCAAUGUUUUAUAAGGAAUUUUGUACAGUCUUUGUGAAAUAAAAUAACGUGCUUCAUUUGACCCCCA